UAAUCCACAAGGUGUACAUAGUCCAGACCAAGAAAAAAGCCCAAAACAUUUUGUAGAGAAAAAUCAAAAAACUUGAAUAUGGUUGUCUUUCAUCGAAACCGACCCUUGACAUUAUCAAAUAUCAACUCCCUUUUUGGUCGAAAUUUCAGUUUUCCCCUUCCUCUUUCAUUAUUUUGAUUUUCUUCUUCUUAAUACCCUCCAUUUUUGCACCUCCGAAAUCGGAAAAUUAAAGCAAGGAGUUGAAGAAAUGGGGGAUCAGAUAGCUAAGGCUGAAGAAUUUGAGAAGAAAGCUGAGAAAAAGCUCAACAGCUGGGGAAUUUUCGGCUCAAAAUAUGAAGACGCCGCCGAUCUCUUCGAUAAAGCCGCCAACUCAUUCAAACUCGCCAAAUCAUGGGACAGAGCUGGAUCAACAUACAUCAAGUUGGCAAACUGUCAUGUGAAGUUGGAAAGCAAACAUGAAGCAGCCCAAGCUUAUGUUGAUGCUGCCCAUUGCUACAAGAAAACAUCUGUAAAUGAGUCCAUAACCUGCUUAGAGCAAGCAGUACAUAUGUUUUGUGAUAUUGGAAGGCUCAAUAUGGCAGCCAGAUAUUUUAAGGAAAUUGCUGAACUGUAUGAGUCAGAACAGAAUAUUGAGAAGGCUAUUGAGUUCUUUGAAAAAGCUGCUGACUUCUUCCAAAAUGAAGAAGUAACUACUUCUGCAAAUCAGUGCAAGCAAAAGGUUGCACAAUUUGCUGCUCAACUGGAACAAUAUCCAAAAUCAAUUGAGAUUUAUGAAGAGAUAGCACGACAGUCACUCAACAAUAACUUGCUUAAGUAUGGAGUUAAAGGACAUCUUCUAAAUGCUGGACUUUGCCAACUUUGUAGAGGAGAUGUUGUCGCAAUUACCAAUGCAUUAGAACGUUAUCAGGAUCUUGAUCCAACUUUUUCAGGAACAAGGGAGUACAAAUUCCUAGCUGAUAUUGCUGCUUCAAUUGAUGAGGAAGAUGUUGCUAAGUUUACUGAUGUGGUCAAGGAAUUUGAUAGCAUGACUCCACUGGAUUCUUGGAAGACUACCCUACUGUUGAGGGUGAAGGAAAAGCUGAAAGCCAAGGAACUCGAGGAGGACGAUCUUACCUAAAUUUGAUUUGAAAUUAUUGUGUGUUUUUGGGUCCUGUUCUUGAUGAUUGCAUUGUAUUAUGAGUUUGUUCCUAUUUACAUUCACAAAAUAUGCUGAUUCUGAAUUCUACUUGAUUUGAUAUUUAGUCAGAGUGGUAUUGCAAGACU